AUGGCAACCUCAGAGAACUACGAUCAGGCAGAUGAGCCUCUCUUGGUCUUCGAAACACCCUUGGAGCACCAGGUUAUCGGCGAAGAUGACACUGUACGAACUGAAAAUGUCUCGAUGAGCGAUUGGGAGAGACGCAACAUCAUUCAACGAACCAGCGGCAGCAUCCAUACUCGCGUUGAGCUGCUCUCAGUCAGUCACGGAUCAUACAACGAGGGAGGAGACAACGCCACGAUGAUGGUAUUCCGUUUCCGCUUUGACCCUCAGAAGAGCUCACGAAGAGUCAUCCGAGCCAGAGUCGAAAUCGAGUUCUUCGCAACGGACGACUCGUAUCUCGAGGUCGAUGCCAUCGCGCCCGAGGAACGCUGGACAGUGAUACCGACCACCGACACAGAAACGACAACGCGUGGCGGCCAGCUGAACCUAGGUGCUUCAGGCGUGCCAUUCCUCGAGGCCGGUGCUACAGCGAGUCUCGAAAGGUCAUACAGCAGGGAUGUCAACGGUGCAACCACAAUUACAGGCAGCAUCAACCUCGGGUCGGGCAAGAACUCGGGCGAGUCAACGGUAGCAGUGUGGAAUCUCCAGGAGAACGAGCGCCGUAAGACGGGCGUGCCGGAUUCAGUAACGACUGCGAUUCUUGUGCGACGAGCUGGCGAUGAGCGCUUUAACGCUGAGGUUACGCUGCAGGCUGACGUUGACUGGGUCACUGGGUGGGAACGCAGGCUUUCAAAGAUCCCAUUGGAUGAUCCGAUUCUUUUCAACCCUAGAGAGACCGGGGGGCCUGCGCCGCCUGGUAGUAUGGCCGUGCCCAGUGUGCCUCCCCCUCUUUGGAAGGACAAUCUCUUGUUCACCCUUAGUGAGGCUCUCAGAGUAGGCUUUGACGUAGGCUCUGUUACUGUUGUGACCAUGACCGAGAUAGUGGUUCCCCAGUUGGAGAAGCCUGUUCUGGAGAUCCAGACAGCAGUUGAUGGGAGCCAUGACGAGCAGUUACAGAAGUUCGGGUUGAAUGUAAUCCAAGAUGGAGAACAGGAACUGACCCCUGACGACGCUUCGAACCAUGAGACGCCUAUUAUUCCUUUUGAUGUCGUUCUUAUUCACGGCAUCUACGGUUCAAGUCAAGAAUCGUGGACCUCAGGAUCCGACACAAUAUGGAUCAACAAAGCCCUUGCUGGCGCAUCAGAGAGCAAGGGACGUAUAAUGUCCUACGGUUACCAAACAGACAUCGAGACAGGGAGAUACUACACGCCAAGCGGCGUUUAUCAAGAGGCAGAAGCACUCUUGGAAGCUCUUCGAAAGCUUCGGACCUCAGAGAUCACGGGGGCCAGACGGCCGAUACAUUUCUUUGCUCACGAUGUUGGAGGGGCUAUCAUGAAGGCGGCACUGGUGAUGGCUUCUGAUCGUCAAGAUAAGUACGACGAUAUCCUACAUUGCACACGCGCUAUGUAUUUCUUCGGAUAUCCACAUAGAAAUUCUUCGAUCGGUCUCUUGGAAGAGGCUGUGUUGCGAUUGAUGGCCCAGCAACACCAAAAAUGGUCCGGCCAUAUGGUUGAAUACGCCAAAGGUCUCACAGAGACCAUCAUCAAAGUAAAUGAUGCGUUUCUUGGGACUCAAAUGCUUACUCAGGCCAACUUGAUCAAUGUGGUUUCUAAUCUUCACUUGGACCCAGCACAACAGGUCUUUCCUCUCAGCAUGUCGACUAUGGCCACUCCGUUUGAGAGAGUGGUGAAAAUGGAGAAAGCGAACUGUGAUUUGAUCCUUGCGACAGAAGAUGGAUAUCAUCCGGUGAAUGAUUUAGCGGACGCAGACUGGCUUAUGGGAGGCUUCACGGAUGAACAGCACGUUGCUCUUCGCAAGAUCAUCAAUCAAGCGUCACCAGUACUUCCAUAUCAAAAUAUUGAUGAGAACUGGCAAAAUCCCGACCUCUUAGAAUUACCGAAGCGGAAAGAAACGAUGAUAAUGCAUAUGAGAUGUUCUUCUGGUGCCGAAGCAGCAUCCGAGAACGCCAGUUUCUUUCUGGACCAGAACAGAAGCGGCACGUUCCAUCCAUUACUUUAUAUGAAGUUCGAUGCUCACGACACUCGAUUCGACAAUUGCGACGCCAUGAUGCGGACAUUCCUCGCUCGUAUUGUGUGCAACAGACUACAGACUGAGAGUGUCGCGUCAAGGUCGAUGGAUGAUCUGCUUCGUUCCGGAGCCUUACACAGAACCAAUCUGUCCGAGGAGCUGGAGACUCUGCGAUCUGCCAAGGAUAUGAAGUCGGCUAUUUACGUGCUGGGGUGCUUCGAUGAGUGCGAUGAGUCUUCGAUCUGGUUCCUCUCUGCGAUGCACAAACUUCUGCUCAGGAAAGAGCAGCGUAUCAAGAUAUUGAUGGUGACUACAAGAGGAACUCACGGAGACUGCCUCAUCGCCUCUGCUUUAUCCGGGUUUCCUCCAGAAUAUGUCAGAAGCAUCGACUACCAUCCCGAGGAGUCGAGGCCAUUUCCUGUUGAUACAGAAGCAUCGAAGCUCACGAAUAAACUCGGGGAGAGUGUUGGUACAUGCCUACACCGAGAUGUUCAUCUUGUACUCUCGAGCUGUGCAAGUGAUCAUAAUUUAUGCGAACUGGUCAUUGAAUGGCUCGGAGCAGGCACAGGGCAAAUCACACGAACUAAGAGGCUACUUGACAAGCCCCUCAGACCAACUAUUGCAUUUGCGGCAAUACUAGAAGAUGUUGACGAGUCACACCGGCCAUGGGCCAAGAUACUACUUUCUUGGCUGCUCGCCUGCUGCAGACCACUACGAUAUGACGAGCUCCGCCAGGUCUCUAGUAUUGUUUGGCUUCAAUUAGAGGCGGAUAAAACCACUUUGUCUGCUCCGGCUGAUGUUUUGCGACCCUUCCACGGGCUGCUCACUUCUGUGAACGGCGAGAUACAAUUCAAACAUCCUGACACCCGGGCGUGGCUAGAAAGUUGUCAUUCAGCUGGCCACGAAGACAUAUGGUAUGAUACAGUCGGGGCGGGCUGCCACGAGAAGGUACUGCAGGUCUGCAUAGACUAUAUCCAACAUGCCGCCAGCAAUUCACAAGACCCGAUCCUGUCCCUUCCUUAUGCUAUUGAAUUCUGGCAUAAACAUUGGCAGCGAGUCAAGACAUCUGAAAAGCAUGUACAGGACUUGUUUUGCAAUGAGUCAGUGUUUCAGUUUUGGGCAAACUCACUUUUUGCUUUGCCCAACGCGCAGUUCAAGUCUCCACCAAGACAUGUCAAGCCCCUUGCUGUCGCAGCUCACUUGGGUCUGACAACGGUUGUAGAGGUGCUUCUGGAAAAAGGACAAGAUCAGGCCGAGUUACGCGGCCAGGCUCUGGUUGAAGCUUGCAGAACAGGCCAUGUUGCUACCAUCCGGCUUUUGAUAUCUUCAUAUACAGACGGCCUGGAGUUUGACGAUGAGUAUCUACACGAAGCUGCGAGAAUUGUCAGCCACUCGAGUAACGAUGAAGCACUAGAGGUACUCAUCAGCGCAGUACCGGAACCUCCUAAAACGGAUCCAGGAGGAGAAGAGUCUGAAGUGAACCUCGUAUUCACGGAGAUUCAAGAAAGGACCGCUUCGCAGGACGAUUCCUCAGAAAGGCCGGCAAAGCACGAUUAUGAGGUGAAAGAUCUUGACCCUCAACCGCGUGUAUCCAGCCCACUUGAUUGGCUUGUCAUGCCCAUGUACAAAGCCGCCAGGACAGGAUUGAGUGGCGUUGUCACUAGACUCCUCCAGCUGGGAGUAUCUCCUAAUCCCCCGAAGGGCAUAACCCCCUAUGGCAAUAGCUACAUACACGCAGCAGCAGUCAAUAACCACGUAGUCAACGCAAAGCUACUUAUCGACGCAGGAGCGAGUCCAACAGCAACAGACGAACAAGGAUAUACUCCGCUGCAAAAAGCCAUCUGGUGGGCUUCCGGCGAGACAGUCGAGUUCCUACUUUCUAACGGCGCUUCUAUCAACGAUCUAGACCAUGAUAAAUUGACGACCACGGGGGCUGCUGCCAUGUGGGGUUCCUUUGCAGCACUGGAGGCUAUACUAUCACGCAAGGACGAGGUUGAAUGCUUGAUGGAUGAUUCGGACUGGAACCCAGUCGUUCAAGCAGUUGAAUACGAGAAUAAGACGUGCCUAAAGCUUCUUCUCAGUCAUGGCUUCAGCCCUAACAUUGUCACGUCGAAGGGCGAGACGGCGCUGAGGCUCGCUAUUCAGAACAAAAGGCUUGAUUUUUGCAAGAUGUUGCUAGAGAGCAAUGCGGAUCCGGAUCUGACGCCUGAUAAGGUUAACACGCCUCUUAUCCAGGCGAUUUCUGAGGGAGACUUGGAUAUAGUCAAGGUUCUCGUUGAGAACAAGGCCACAGUAGACAAGCGUGAGGCGCCGCCGGAUGAUGGAUGGUCACGCACGCCAAUGCAAGCGGCCGUAGACUGGAAUCGUCCCGAGAUCGUCCAGUAUCUCCUUGAAAAAGGAGCAGACCCCGAUGCGCGAGACUCGGAUGGGAUUCCAGCGAUAGGCGCUGCAGUAAGCGGCGGACAUACAAGCAUGGUGCAGUGGCUAGCAGAUGCGAACGCAGAUGUGAACGCCGUCUACCACGACAACAAAGUGACGCCGUUACAUGAAGCGUGUCCCCAUCCCGAGAUAGCUCGAAUCCUCCUCGAUCACGGCGCAGACAUCAACAAGGUCAACGCAGACUCACGCACAGCACUGAGCUUUGCAACCGCGGCGAAUAAUCUCGCCACUGUUGAGUUACUGCUUGAGGCUAAGACGAAGCCUGAUAUCAAUGCAGACACGAUCUACCACGAUUUACGCGUAGUGAUACCUGCGGGGUUCAUUGACGUCGUUGAGAAGAUGCUAGAAGCUGGUGUUGACGUCAACAAGGUCAAUGAGCAAGGCGAAUCGCUGCUUGCAUAUGCUAUCAAGUAUGAUGCACCGAGUAGUAUGAUACGCAAAAUUCUCGAAUACAAUCCUGAUCUGGAAGUGAGGGACAAGAAGGAGAAUACCGCACUUCACUGUAUCACCGGCUCAACGACUCUCGAGACUGUUCGACUUGUUGUCAACGCUGGUGGAAGACUAGAUGUUUUGAACGCCGAUAAAGACACGCCUCUGAUUGUUGCUAUUGGAGCUCAGAUGGAUGAUGUGUUCUUUUAUAUGCUGAAAAAGAAGCCUACACUGCUGACGCAGAACUCUAUAACAUCGCAGCAAAGAGUCACACCGCUUCACGAGGCGUGCAGGUUUGGUUCACUGGCCAUGGUUCGAUCGUUAAUCGAGCAUGGUGUGGACAUCAACUCCGUCUGCGAUGGAGUCUAUGGGACACCCUUGAUCUCAGCAACAGUCCGAGGCGAUCUAUUAUCAUCUCCACUAGUCAGCGACAUAAUCGCUCUUCUACUUGUGAACGGAGCCAGCCCGCGUACUGAAGGGGGCUUAUUCCGAUAUCCUCUCAUCUCAGCAUGUCUAUCAUGCCCAGCAGACACUGUCAAGCUGCUUCUCAACACGGAUACUUCGCCUCAAGAUGAAGAUUCUUUGAACCGCAAGGCAGUCCAUGCCGCGUGCUAUAAUUCUCUCGCGGUUCUCAACGUUCUUGAAGUUCCUGACUCGGAUUUUGCGGCUGCGGAUGUAGUUGGUAGAGUACCGUUACACUAUGCUGUCAUGACGGGUGAUGUUGAGUUGGCGGAGGUAGUACUGGAGCGCUCUGAGAGGGUUGGUAUUAGUAUUGAUGUCAAGGAUGAUGAUGGGUGGACGCCGCUGCUCUGGGCUGCUCGUGCUGCACCGGUCUGGAACCGACAGCAUGAGGGCGGGGUUUCGAGUAGUGAUAUGAUAUCGUUUCUCUUGAAACAUGGAGCUGACCCUACGAUCAAAGGGCACGGAGUUGACAGAGACUGGACAGUCUGUGAGGUGGCAUACUAUCACCAAGCUGACUUUGUCGAAGAUCUGAUAGAUCAACCAAGCAAGGAGAAGAUCAGAUCCAGAAAACGGGGUAGCGGCCCCGGGUAUCAAGGCAACAAGAACGCAUACUGUGAUAACUGCCUGAUCGAGUCCUAUGGUAUCUUCUUUGACUGUUCGCUAUGCUUUGACUUUAGUCUCUGUUUCAAAUGUCACAGGAAUGCUGAAACGAUACAUCCUCUUCAUGCGUCGUUUGUUCGGUGUGGGAGUGAAUGGGUUGAGGAUGAAGUUGCUAAGGAUGAGGAUGUUCAGGAGAUUAGUUUGGAUGAUGGGAUUGGUGAGCAAGAUGUGUUGCUGGACAUUGAGGAAAUACCCUAUGAGGAUUUCGACAGUGAGGUUUCAGAAUAG